UCUGGAGUGAACCACUGAAACGCAGUGGCCAAGCAAAAAUGAUGCAGAGAGCUUCACCUCUCUGUUCUUCAAACUCGCUUCUUUCGUUACCCACCACUCUUUCGACCAGUCAGCUACUCGGAGCUCCGUUUCGAAACCGAACCACCCGGACGGCCAUAGCCUCCCACUCUGUUCAUUGGCCCUGGAACCGUCUGCAAAGUUUCAGGCUUGCCCUUCCUACUCCGCACAGCACUGCUACUCAGGAGGCUUAUGAAACCUCUAAGACUGGAUCAGAGUUUGUUGAAAUUGGGUACAUAUAUAAUGUUCAUGGACUUCAAGGAGAGAUUCGUGUGAAACCCAGCACCGAUUUUCCUGAAUUGCGGUUUUCUAAGCCUGGAAGAAGAUGGUUAAAGCAACGAGUUUUGGGUCAAGAGGUAGUUCGAGAAGUUGAAUUGGUAGAGGGAAGAGGACACCCUGGGCAGAAGAGCUGGAUACUUAGAUUCAGAGGAAUUGACACAGAGGACCAGGCUAAGCAGCUUGUGGGCUCAACUUUUCUUGUCAGGGAAGAAGAUAGGCCAGAGUUGGAUGAAGGCGAAUUUUAUACUCGUGAUCUUAUUGGCAUGAGAGUUGUUCUUAAGGAAACUGGUGAAUUUGUGGGAACUGUUGUUAACAUUUACAACAGUGGGGCAAGUGAUAUUUUACAUGUCAAGCUUGAUUCAUCUGUAAAUAUGCUGGAUAAAACUGGAAAGCCAAGGACAACAGAAACAGUAGCAUCUGAUCACCUUGUGUAUAUUCCAUUUGUUGAAGCAAUUGUUCCAGAUGUUGAUGAGAAUAGAAGAGAAAUGCAGAUUACACCCCCACAGGGACUCCUUGAGUUAAAUUUACGCUUUGAUGAAAGAUCCAAGAAAGAAAGGCGACAGCUUGAGUGGAAGGAAAGGAAAAAGUUUCAGAAGCGCCUCAUAGCAGCAAAAAAGAAACUAUGUGAAAUGGGGCAACAACAUGUAUUUCACGGGUUUAGAUUUGGGGAGAAAGCCCAAACGAGCUUGCUUGCUGAUCAGAUUGUUGGUGUGAAUUCCAAGUUGCUUCAACAGGCAUUGCAGAAUAUUGAUGUACCCUCUAAGAGAUGGAAUGUAACUGAGUUGUUUGAAGCCGCAGAAGCCAAGCCAAAAAGUACUCUGAAAAUAUCCGAAGAAUGCCUCACUUCAAGUGCAAGUAAGGAAAAGUUGGGUGCAAAUUUGAUUUUUCGAGAAAAGGGAGUCCAUCUCAUGUCUAAAGGGAAAUUGGCCAUUGUUUUAUUUGUGGAGGAAAGUGAGAAGCAAGGAGGGGGCUAUGACUCUGAUCUUGUCGACUCUGAAAACUAUGAGACAUCACCAUCUUCCCUCCAGAAAUUGCUUUUUGAUGAUCAGAGUUUUGUAAAGGUGAUAGAAGACCAUGCAUCUGUACCCUUGAUUUUGGUUUCCUCAGCUGUUGGAAUCCAAUCAUUAAGAAAGCUGUUCUCUGAUAACGAUUACUUUGGCUUUGAAUCCCAAAAGGUCUGGUUUCUGAAAGAAGAGAAGCUGCCAGUUGUUAGCAGUUCGCUGGAAGAACAGAACAGGCAUAAGAUUUUGAUGAAAUCUCCAUGGGAAAUACUCCAAUCACCUGUUGGUUCUGGUGGAGUUAUUAGCUUGCUUUCAUUGCACAACAUUCCAGAUAAUCUUAGCGAAAUUGGUGUGGAGUACAUUGAGGUAUGCAGCACCAGUCAAAGAUACAUUGGCAUGAACUCACUUCUUCUUGGCUUUGUUAAUUCGCGCGAAGCAGAUCUCGGGAUCAAAAUAUCAAAAUAUGCAGAAGAUUUUGAGGGAAGUUUCGACGUGAUAUUCUCGAUGAACUUUAUGAAGAAGUUAACGAGAUGGAUCGAUAAGCUCCAGUUCUUUGCAAUCCAAAAGCCAAAUUCUCAUGUUGAAAAGGUUAACAAAGAGUGGGUUGAUGUUAUCCCCUCAUCCUCCAACUCAUAUGAGCUUUGUUCUACGAUUUACAGUUCCCUAAAUGCCUGUUCUUUUGAUAAGGUUUGUGUAAUGGAGAUCACAGACUAAUAUAUUGAUCAAUUAAUUUUACAAAAUUAUCACUCCCAAUAACAAGAGAACAAAUACAAAGCUACUAUAUAUCAUUGCCAUUUUUCAUCU